UAUAAUUUUUAGUUUAAACACUCAUGGUAAUUUUACUCUUGACCUUUGACUACAUAUUAACGGUAUCAGUUUUUAUAAAACAAGUAAAAGAAGUUCAUCUUUCGAACUUUAAUUAUAUCUUGCGCGAAGAGAUAUACAUUUCAAAGAUAAAGAAAUAAAUUUGAACAUCUUACGAUUGUAAAUAAAUACUUAAUUUAUUUGUUUUGCAGUAAAUACUUACGUUCGUUCGCUUAUUCUACUUUUCUCAAUUCACUAAUUUAAUUAAUUUACAUUAUUUAAAGAUUGUCCUAGAAAAAAUUUUGAGCGUGUCUACGCUCGACCAAAUUGGUACUAAUUAAUGCAACUGACCCACAACUCAGAAUCAGCUGACUCAGCAAUCUCUGUAGCAAUGCAAAUGUACACAAAGACGACCUCGCAGUCAGUUACUUCGUAUCUGUUCGUAUCUUUCUUGCAGUAAAUCUCCCCGAAUAUGAACAGCAUGUAAGAGGUUCGGUCGUCAGUCGCCCUUAUCAGAAUUUAUCUGUAUCUGAUAUCAGUGUUUCUCGAGCAAACAAUGCAGACAUUUUUAUUCACGGUUCCACUUUAAGAGAGGUGCUUGUUUCCGACCUAUCAUUGAUCGGUCGAGCGUAUUUUAAUUAGACAUGUGCAUUUUGUUUAUUUACCGCGAUCCAAGUGCCGAUACUGGCUCGUAUCGUUUGAUUAUCGCUGCGAAUCGUGAUGAAUUUUAUAAUCGACCGGCUACCUCGGCGCAUUGGUGGGAAAAACAUCCAAUGUGCCUAGGAGGAUUGGACAUGGAACCUGGAAGAGAAGGUGGUACCUGGCUGGCGUUGUCGUCGGAAGGUCGUGCUGGAAUUGUUUUAAAUCGUACCGGGGAAAGUAAGGCAUCUAAUACAAAAGGUCGAGGAUAUCUCAUUACCGAUUAUAUUACUUCGAAUGAACCAAUGACGUCGUACUUGAAUAGGCUGCACAAAAUAAAUCAAGAUGGCCAGCCGUACAAUCCUUACAAUUUAGUUCUUCUUGAAUUUCAAGAUGCCAGUAUUAACGGGCUAAGCAGUUCGGAUAAUUCUCCCGGUCCUCAAACAUUUCAAGACCGUGUUCUUGGUUUUGGUAACAGUAGCUUCGAACAUCCUUUUAAAAAAGUUGAAGUAGGAAAGGAGAAGUUCAGUAACAUUGUUGAUAAUGCAACUGUAUUGGAGCAGGAUGUACUGAUCAAGGACUUGUUACAUUUUUUAAAGUCUAAAGAGAGAUGUUUACCUGAUCCUGAGUUACAACGAAGAGCUCCAAAUGGGUUUAACGAGUUGAGCUCAAUUUUCGUUGACACAGGAGCUGCUGGGUACGGCACUAGAACACAUUCGAUAAUACUGGUUGACGGAGCAAAUCAAGUUACAUUUGUAGAAGAAACUCUUAUGCCAGAUCAAACAUGGAAAUUGCAAUCUUUUAAAUUUCCUCUUAAACGAUGAAACUUCAAAUUCACUGCCUAGAAUUUCGGAUGACAUAUUUUCACUAGUGUCUUCUGUUGAUAAAUCAGUUGCUCUCGUUGGUUCUUCGGAAGAUUCGCUCUGCAACAGAGAUAAAAAUGUUAUUAACAUAUGAUGGAUAUUGAUUAGUCUUACAAGGAAUAUGAGCGUGCAGGGAAAUGAAGGAAAAGGAUUUUAUUGGAGAGCACCACUGUAGCUGCCAUUAAUUAUAAAAAUCCAAAAAUAAUUUAUACGCCAGCCAUGAAUGUGGCCCGCACCUAUAGAGAUUCCUUAUGUGUAUUGGAAAUUUUAAGAUAAAAACGGCACAAAGAAAAAGAAGGGUUAAAUGGAAAAUUUGAGGAGAAAAGGAUUAAUAUAACAGGAGAUUACUCACAAAAAGUAAGAGCGCUCUUAUACCGUUUAUGUGAAGAAUCCUUCCACGAAAAUUUCAAUAAUGAAUGUUAGUUUAAACAAUUUAGAAUAAUGUUUAAAUAAUAAAAGAAACACUAAUAAGAGAACUACAAAAAUAAGUAAAGGUGCUAAAGGCCAAAGUGUAUACGCACGCUUGUUGAAACGGUUUGCAAUACAAUGCGCGUAAUGUACAGAAUAUAAAAUAAUUAUUUUAA